AUGUCGGGCCUGUUCGCACCCCAGUAUGUCCAGGGCGUGUAUAUCCCCUCCGCCCUGCUCAUCGUAGGAACCGCAAUCGUCAAGAAGGAGUGGUUGCCUUUCGCUGCAGCUUUGGCUCUGAUGCUAGGAGGAUGGAAGGUGUACAGCAACGCUCCCCGCAAGGUGCUGAAGCCCACUGAGUUCCAGGAAUUCCCGCUCAAGGAGAAGACGAUUCUCUCGCACAACACCGCAAUCUACCGCCUUGCGCUGCCCCGCCCUACCGACAUCCUUGGUCUGCCCAUCGGCCAGCAUAUCUCCCUCGCCGCUACCAUCGAUGGCAAGGAAGUCGUCCGUUCCUACACCCCCAUCUCUUCCGACGAAGACCACGGCUACAUCGAUCUCCUCAUCAAGUCCUACCCUACGGGCAAUAUCUCCAAGCACGUCGCUUCAUUGGCCGUCGGCCAGACUAUCAAGGUCCGAGGUCCCAAGGGCGCCAUGGUCUACACACCCAACCUCGUCAGACACUUCGGUAUGAUCGCAGGCGGCACCGGCAUCACGCCCAUGCUGCAGAUCAUCAAGGCAAUUUUGCGCGGCCGCGCAGCAGGCGACAAGACCGAGGUCGAUCUCAUCUUCGCAAACGUCAACCCCGAGGAUAUCCUGCUGAAGGAAGACAUUGAUGCGAUUGCCGCAAAGGACCCCAAGUUCAGAGUACACUAUGUGCUGAACAACCCGCCUGAGAAGUGGGAUGGCGGCGUGGGCUUCGUCACCGCCGACAUGAUCAAGGCCAAGCUCCCUGCUCCGGCUUCGGAUGUCAAGAUCCUCAUGUGUGGACCCCCACCUAUGAUCUCUGCGCUCAAGAAGGCUACCGAGGGCUUGGGAUACCAGAAGGCAAGACCUGUCAGCAAGCUCGAGGACCAGGUCUUCUGCUUCUAA